UUGAACUUUAUAAUUUUAGUGAGUAAAAAAAAAACAAAAGGUGUGCAGAGAGAAAAAGAGAAACAUAGAAAAGUUUCCGGGGGUAUCGAUGAAUCAAACAGACACCCAACCGACCAACAUUUUCGCUGUUUUUCCAAUUCGUUUCUCUUUUUUCGGCUAUUGUGUGGGGUUGACCUUGUUCUGACUUACUAAUAAUACAAAUACUAUGUACUUAUUUUAUUUUAUUUUUGCAUUCAUUCAUUCAGUUUUAUUGUUAUUUUUAUGACUAAUAUCAUCCCUUUUCUUCCAUUUCAAUCAUUUUUUCAAUCACUAUUUUUUACAGUUCCGAAUCGUUUUAUUGCGAAUGGAUGACGCGCUAAAAGAGGCUGUCGAUCAACAUUUUGAAGCAAUGUAUCAAAUUUUUGAGGAAAAUCGGAGUAUAACAUCAAUUUUGAGGCAGGAAGUUUUAGAAGGAUCGGGAAUUAUGAUGCCUGUGAGUUGAAAAAUAGGAAACCCCUGAAGGUUUAGCAAUUAAAUCUGAAAAGAUCUCACAAAUAUAUAUUUUUUCAGUCAAAUUAUGAUGAAGAAGAUAAUGAUAAUACUGAAGAAGAGCCUAAACAUGCAACAGAAAUUCAAAGACAGAAAAAGGAAAGGGAAAUUGAACUAGCCGAAGAAAUUGGUGAGUGAAAACUGAACGGUUUUACAUAAAUUUCAUUGUUUUUUUUUCGAUCGAUCGAUAGAGAACUUUUAAAAACAAAAAUUCUUGAUAAAUGUUUCGAAAAAUUUCCAGCUGAGAAAGCGACUGUAAAAUCAAUAGUUGUUCUGAUGCAUUCCGAUGGUUGGUUCGAAGAAGAAGACGAUGAAGAUAAAAACGAUGAUGAAGAUUAG